AGGCCAUUUCAAAUUUAGUAAACACUACAUAUUUGAAUGAAUGGAAGUAAAUGAAGCGAAAACAACUUUUAAAUCUUAAAAGUCUGGGAAUUAGUGACAGUUUUGAUGUUUUUAAGCACACAUUUCAUUCUCUGCGUUCGUGCGACUUGUAAAGUGAUAUAUUUCUUUCAAAAAAAAUAUAUGUUUUGUUCUGUUUAUCAAUAUCUUCAUCCAUGACAAUCUAACACAGGCUGAGGGGAUAUUUUGUUCGUAAUUGUGUUUUUGCAUGUCUGUUGUGCUAAAAAUGUCAUCUUCUGUAACAAAAAUACCGGGACUAUCUUUGUCGGCGAGGAAUAAACGAAAAUUGCCUGAAGUUCCAAACGUAUGCAUACAAAAUGGGACAGAAAAUUUAAAAACCCAUACAAAGUUUAAUCCAGAAACUGUUGAAAUAUCAAUAGGUGGUACACACAGUAAAGGACGAAUUAAGCCAGGAUCUGAAUGUAUAAAGUUGUCAUUUGACAAACCAAAUUCCUCAGAUGAUUCUCUCUCUGCAUAUGAAAGUAAUACAAGUAGUUUAUCAGGUGACACAACAUUCACAAAUUCAAGUGUUUGUGAUCAGUCAACUGAUAAUGCAGAACAUGAUUUUAUUUCAAAUUGGACUAAUAACAAAGAAUGUAAUAAAGAAAACUUUCUUACUCCAGUUAAGGAACCAAGAGGACCCCCGGAAAUGGACAGGUUUGAUUUUAUCUCGCCAAACAAUUGCAAGACCCCUAAAAGAAGAUACACAGAAGGUGACAAGUUGAUUGCUACUCCAGAAUGUUAUAAUGCAGUACAGAUUGAGGAUUUAUCAAGAUUUGAAUUCCACAGCGAUGAUGAUGAUCAUCCAAGGGAAGAUAGUAGUAGUCUAACAGUAGCAGUACGAGUUCGACCUCUCAAUGCAAGAGAAGAAAAGAUAGGCAACAUCCGCUGUGUCGUUUCAAUGUGUGACAAAGAAACAACAGUAACUAAGGAUAAUGGUUCCAAACAGACUUUUACAUAUGAUUUUUCAUUCUGGUCAUUUGAUAAACACAAUGGCAAUUUUUCUGACCAAGAAAGAAUAUACAAGUUGCUGGCCCAGCCUUUACUGGUCAAAGCUUUUGAAGGCUAUAACACAUGCUUAUUUGCAUAUGGUCAAACUGGAAGUGGAAAAAGUUACAGUAUUAUGGGACAGGUAAACGAAGGAAGAAAUGAAAUAGGAAUCAUUCCCAGGUUUUGUGAAGAAUUAUUUUCACGGGUAGACCACGAAGUCACCAGAGAUUCAGAAAUGGUCAAAAUCAAUGUAGAAAUAUCCUUCUUUGAAAUUUACAAUGAGAAGAUCCAUGACUUGUUGGCUUCUUCUAAAGAAAAAGGUGGAAAGUCACAGCUUAAAGUACGAGAACAUCCCAGUACUGGUCCAUAUGUGGAAGGAUUAUCAAUGUAUGUUGUCAACUCAUUCGAGGAUGUGGAAGGGUGGAUAACUCUUGGUAACAAAAACAGAGCUACUGCAACCACAGGAAUGAAUGAAAGAAGUAGUAGAUCACACUCUGUCUUUACAUUAGUAUUGACACAGACAAGGACUGAUGAAGUAGGAAGCCAGAAGAACGAUCCUCGGAGAAUCACCAGUAAGAUCAACUUAGUUGAUUUAGCAGGAAGUGAACGUCAGUCACAGGCAAAGACAGAAGGAGACAGACUAAGGGAGGCAACUAAUAUCAACAAAUCUUUGACUACACUGGGAAUGGUCAUCUCCUCUUUGUCCAAAAAAUCCACGUCAGGAAAGAAGAAAUUCUUCAUACCAUACAGGGAUUCAGUUCUCACUUGGUUGUUGAAGGAAAGCAUAGGUGGGAAUUCAAAAACUGCCAUGUUAGCUACUAUUAGUCCAACUAACUACCACAAAGAAGAAACACUUAGUACUCUCAGGUAUGCUAAGAUAGCUAGUAGUAUCGUGAAUACUGCUAGAGUGAAUGAAGAUCCUACUACAAAGCUAAUCAAAGAACUACGUGCAGAGAUUGACAGAUUAAAAAUAAGUGACAGAUGGAAUAGAGAUGAACAACAGUCAGCUACACAGACAGAAAUUGAUGAACUGAGAGAAAAAUGUGUGGCUAAAGAGAAAGAGAUUGAAGAAAUGAAACAAUCAUGGGAGUUAAAAUUGCAACAGUCUGAAGAGAGAAAAGCUCAAGAAAAUAAAAACCUAGAGAAAUCAGGAAUCACCUGUAAAGUAGACAACAAGAUGCCAAACUUAGUGAACCUGAAUGAAGACCCUCAGCUGUCUGAGAUGUUGUUGUAUGUGAUCAAAGAAGGACAGACUAGAGUCGGCAGAAUGUGUGACAACUCUAAACAUGAAAUACAACUAAAUGGAGCAUUGAUAGCAGAAAACCAUUGUAUUAUCAACAACUUAGAGAAUGUGAUCAGUAUAACACCAAUCGAUGAUGCUCCUACGUAUGUCAAUGGCAACCUUAUAUCAGAACCAGUCAUCCUACAACAUGGUGACAGAGUUAUUUUGGGCGGAGACCAUUAUUUCAGAUUUAACCAUCCUAAGCAAGUGAGGAAUAAGAACCAAACAUCUGGACAGGAGGUGAAAAAAGACUUUGAGUUUGCCAAACAGGAACUUCUCAAUGUUCAGGAACAGAGACUGCAGUCAGAGUUGGAGGAAGCAAGGAGACAAGCCCAGGAAGAAAUGUUGGUCAAAGUGGAGGAAGUCAAGAAAGAGGCAAUGAAAGAACAAAGAGCUGUUGAAAACAAACUAGCAGAAUGUGAAAAAUUAUUGAGAAAUCAGUCAGAGGAAGUACAAAUGGCUGAACAAGGGCGACUUGAAGCAGACGACACUAUUCAAAAAUUGAAGAAACAGAAAAUGUUACUGGAACAAGAAUUAAUGGUUGGACGUAAGAGACAACAGUUAGAGGCCAGGGCAGCAGAGAGGGCUCAGCUAAGUCCACCUUCUUCUAAGGGCUCAAGAUUGAAAGAGUUUUUAGAGACUGAGAAACAGAAAGUUACCCAGAGAUUGGAACAACUUAAACAGAAACGAUCAGACAUAUCAUCACCUACCAGACGUAACGCCAUGAUGGAAAAUCAGCUCGGUAAACGUGACUUGUAUAAGAUUGCCUUGUCACUGAGGGAAGCUAAUAAGAUUAGUCAGUUACUGAAGAAAAAUAUGACUUUCAGCAGAGAAGAUUAUUUAGAAGAUGACAAGUUAGCAACAGCUAUCAAAGUAACCAACACAGAAUUAGGACUGUGUACAUUCUGGGAUGUUCCAAAGUUUGAAGACAGAUUAGCUCAGAUGAGAGAUUUGUAUCAGAAUGAUUGUGAAAGUUCAGCCGAUGAUGAAGUAUUUAAUGAUCCAAGUGAGUCAUGGCUACCAGAGGCACCAACUACACCAAGUACACCGAGAUCUCCCCUUGGGAACAGCUUUAACAAAUCUCCCUUUAGACAGUUUUUAUUAUCAGGAAAUAGUUCAGUUACAAGUCCUAGAAGUUAUAAAGAUGACAACUGCUCCUGUCCAAGUCAUUUAACAGGAACAGCACUCGCUAAAAUGUGUGAGAGUGUUACGUUGACAUUUGUAGAGAACAUCCAAGAUGGUUAUCUUGAAGAGAGUAUGGCAGAUAAAAUAGUUAAGUGUUCCCAAGCGAUAAAAAAAGCAGUAGUAUAUCUGAUAGACUCAAAUUCUUCACAAGAUAAAGAAUCAGAAACAAAUGACGAAGAAACUCAGUGCUGUUUACUGAAGCUUGCUACAAAUAUACAGACACUAAGUUCUCAUUGUACAGUCUGGGCAAACAUGUAUGUUAAGGAACAGAGACACUCAAGGGUCAUUCAGGAUCUCACAACAAAGUUAAAGGAGCAUGUCAAGGUUAUGGGCAAUCAUGUGGUUAGGUUCUUCCAAGGAUGGGGAAAUGAUAUAGACAGUUUGAUUUGUGACUCUGGAUCAAAGAUUGUGGAUUGUGUUCUAACAGUGUGUAAAUUAACUGGUGAAAUGUCCUUGGCAACAGAUAUGAACAUCAUAUCAUUUGAGCAACUGAAUUGUGAGGAAGCAGAUAAAAAUGAGUUGAGUCCUGAUGUUUGUCACGCUUUUUUGGCCGGUUGUGAUUUGUUGGUUGACAAAAGUUUACAAGGUCCAAUCAAAACAUUAGAAGAAUGGGAAUGUAAAGCACAAAAUCUAGCAGAUCUAUCCAAUAAUAAUCUAUCUCUGGGAGAAAUUCCACAACAUAUAGAAGAACUAGUGUCAUCGAUGAAGAUAUUAUUUUCAACAUGUCAAGAAUUACAGGUUGACAUGGACACAAGUGUGAGAGAGAGUUAUGGUGGCAUUCCAUUACAAUUUUAUUCUGUUAGUUACAAGCGAUCACAAGGACUCAUACACCACAUUAGCAACCUUUGGGAAAAUGUACAGAUUUUACUAAAUAGUGCUGAACCGUUAAUUAAAGGCCAAACAAUAGACUGUAGAAAACUAUGCCGAUAUUCAGAUCUUAUACAGAGAGACAUCAGUAAAUUAGUUCUAGUAUCAAGUAAAGACAAUUUUAAGUUGGAUUCUUCCAGUUCAGACAGCGACUCUUCAGUGUUAUCAGAAUUACAAAUGCAAAAGCUUGAAUAUGCAGCUAGAGAUGUUCACCUUUCUGCAGGAUCUUUAAUCCAGAAAGCAGAAAAACUUUUACGAAAUGACAAGAUAUCUGGAACACCUCGUGGGAAACGCUUGUUGCCUCCAUCUCCUGAUAAAGCAGUAAAUUCUCCAUUAAGUAAUAAAUUUAAGCUGGACACAUGUAGCUGGGGAUAAAAAAAAAAAACACAUCAUGACAUUUUAAUAAUUCAGUGCUGGGGAAGUCAGUGCUUGAGAUCAUGUUCAAGAAGUCCGAAAAAGAUACAAAUAUGCCUUGGCUUCAAAGAUGGAGAAAGUAGAACUUGGUGCUUUUGAUUGGAUAGUUAUUCCUACAAACAUUGCUUUAUUUAGAUAUGUAUGCUUGAAUAUAUUGUAUCAGCUGCCAAUGUGUACAGAAUUAUAUUUAAACUGCUAGUACAUGUAUAAUAGUAUCAUUCAACUAAAUGGCAUGGGGGAAAUAAUCAAUAUUUUGUGGUUAACUUUUUCUAGCUUUGGUAACUGGGCUUAAAAAUGCUUUUUCAAAGGUAUUAGAAACUAACGUUUUCAAAAUUUUGUUCAGAAACAGCUGUAAUAGGUAAAUGUGGUUCUUUUUACCAAAAUUCUUAGGAUUAAAAUUGAUUAUAAGUUACACUGUACUGUUCAUGUCAUACCAGGACAUUUUUCUCAUUAAGAACUUUUGUGAAAACAGUUGCAGGUCAUUUUUUAGGAUUAAGAUAAAAAAAAUGAAAUUUGGUGUAUUGAAAUUCUUUGUUACUUUUAUACUGUCUCAAUAUAUACAUGAUAUAGUAACCCUUAUAGAAAGUUCAGUCUUAUUGAAAUAUAGAUCCUGUGUCCUUGCUUUGCUGACAGGAUCUGAAACUUUCUGUUUUAAAGACCAUUCGAUAUCCUCUGGUUCAUCUUUAUGAUACUCACCUUCAAAAACUUGUGGUCUGAAAAAUCAUUGGCUGAUCUAAUAAGUACCAAACCAUGACAGAAAGUAGAAUGGAUUGUUGUCAGAUCCUUGUAAGUAAAGCAUGGAUACAGGAUCUGUAUUUUUAUGAGAUUGCAGAAAGAUAUGAAAAAAGUCGAGUAGAACAGUAUAAGUAUUGCAAUAAUGAAAACUUGUAUGGUCCCUGUAUCUUUUGUGCAAUAUUUACAGCUUGUGUUCAUUUACUGAUUGUAUAUAAUUGUAGAUAUAAAACUUUAUUUAUCUUGUAAAACAAUCAUGUGUCAAAUGCUUCAGAAGUAUAUAUAUUUAUAUGGAAGUAAAAAAUAGUCAGCAAAACAAA